UUGAGGGACGUACUGUAUGGCCUUUGCAGCGACCCGUUGUGAGACAUGAGGCAGGAGCGUUUGUUUUGAACUGGGUCUAUCUGAAGAGAGCUGUCGAGUUACUAUGAAGCCUCCAGUUCGUCAACGGGUCAAAUCAACACGACUUUUGGGCGUAAAGAGAACUGAGACUAAGCGCAGUGUCUCUAAUUCUUGGUACAAGAAAGAGCAACAAAGUCUUAUACAAGGUCUGUCUCAGCAACUGAGGUCAAAUGCAGUACCAGAUCUGUUGGAGCUUCAGAAAAGAGUGCCCAAACGUUCUCUUCUUGAGAUUCAGAACCUGCUUAAAUCUUUGAAGGCCUCUUUGGCGCGGCGAGUGCAUCACUGUGUCCGAAAACAAAUACAUGAAGAGCAAAAGAGCAAAGUUCCAAUUGAAUUAUGGGAUGAACUGGCACAUAAAAUGGCUGCUGUCCAUGAGGAAACCAUAUCCACCGCCUUUUCUCAAAUGCUUGUGAUUGCUGCCACAGAGCCUCUCAGCCAACUGCACUCUGUACCUUCGCUCCAGAUUGACCUUCCGAGCAAAGUAGAGAAUAAAUUGAACAGUACACGUGGCAUGGCAAAUGGAACUUCAAGCCCCUCUAGCAAAAAAGCAUCUUCCCUUGUUCAGCCCUCCUCCAUUUCCAGCACAAAAAAAAAAUCCAAUGGCACAGAGGCAAGCAGUGCAGAAAGUCAAGUAUCAGAAAAGGUAUCCACACCCACUGUGCCAAAAACAAACCUCUGUCAAACCUCUGUCAACCAGAGCGAGACAGUCUCUAAAAUACCACCACCAGCAACCACUCCAAGAGCUACUACAGUCUCGAUCCCACCAAACUCAAAAAGGCAAGCUAAGCAUCGUGCACAUGGGCAAUCUAAGCAGGCUCACCAGCAGAGGUCAGUGGAAAGGGACUCUACGGUGGAUUUUGGCAAGAUUUACAAAUUUAUGAGCAACAUUAACACAAACAAAGGGAGAUCAACCCUCACUGCAAUGGAGAGUGCAGUGCUUCUGGACCUGCUGAUGUCUUUGCCUGAGGAGCUCCCUCUGCUGGACUGUAAAGAACUACAGCAUCAUCUGCUUCAGGUCCACUCAAGUCUAACCUCAGAGGCCUCAGUCUCUGACCAGAGACCUUCAGCUGCUAAUCCAGCUAGAGCUGAAGGCACUGAUAUCUCUCCACAGAUGCAACAUUUACACACUGCAGCAGGACAGAAUCUCCAGACAGAAGCUGAUACAAGUGCGGGUACAGAGCAGAGAAAUGCUGGUGAAAUGGCUGAUGAUAUCUCUGGCCAGCCAUGUCCAGUAAACCCACCAAAUGAUCGUGAUAAUUGGGCAACAUCUGGCCUGUUUCCCCUCAAUCCGUUCAUGUUCCCAAUUUCACUUCUUAAACGUCAGUAGCCCUAGGCAUAAUCUAAGCUUAUGUCUGUGGCAUCCUUUAGAAAGUAUGAUGUUUUUUAUAGUUAUUUAAGACUGAAUUUAUAUCGUGGUAAUAAGGAACCACUUGCUCUGUAAGAAGCGCUAGUGUCUUGAGCUGCAUUUACAUUACUAGACCGAAGUGAAUCAAAACAGAUUUUUUUUCUUAUUGUGAUAAAGAUUAGAUUUUUUUAGGGCUGUGUGGACAGGUAUUUUCUUUUCUAAUUGGAUUUGACACACACAUAUAGUCCAAUAUAAGGAUAUUUCACCUUUAAUGAGCAUGCACCAUGAAUAACUAUUAAUAUGAAGUUUCCUUUGACAACAAAACAUCACAUAAGAGCAGCUGGAUUCUGGUGUGAAGCACCAGCAGCAUGGCAAACGAGUGUUGUUUUAGGGACAGAUUUAUUCCCUUGGAUACAGAUUACUCAAGCCAAAUUCAGAUUACUUAAACCAAAUUCUGAACAAAAAAAUUAUUAAUUGAUUAAAGAGGCUUUUAAUGUGAAUGUAGCUUUAAUACAGAGGAUCUUAAUUAAUGUCUUUGAUUCACAAGUUCUGUUAAUUGUUUUUUCUUAAAUGUAAAACAAACACCUUAACUAAAAUAUGAUUUAUUUACACUUUUGUUUCUUUAUUUAUUUAGACACUUCAAAUAAAAUGGCAUACAAAAGUAAAGAACAGAUUUGAGGACAAAUGGUUGCUGCAUCAUGGUUGUCAGAAUUAUUUGACUGUUGUACAGUUGUUUUUUGUUGUUUUUUUAAUACUUUAUCAAAGAUAUUUAAUAAACAAUUUAUUUUUGUGAUUUAA